GAACAACCCAUCUUUACCUGCCAGGCUCAUGUGUUUACAAUAAAUCCCUCAACUCGGAGGUCAUGGGUUCAGGCGAGCUCCAGGGCGAUUGAUAUCAAUAUUUUUUUCGAUUCCACCAAACAAUGCUAUCGCAUUGUUAGUGUUGAAGAUGGGCCAACUGGUAUGAAGGUGUGUUUGGUGGUCAUAAAUAGCACUAUCACACCAAAGAUGGUAUUCAAGCAAACUUCGCAGAAAUUUGGUCAAUGGGCCGAUCCAAAAUCGUCGGGAGUCUUUGGCCUUGGAUUUGAUUCUGAAGCUGAUCUUAACAAAGUGAGUUUUUACAAGACCUUCAUGCGUCUGUGUUCUUAA